AUGUUAAUUGAACGCCGAAUUUUUAUUGCAUUGCUUACGGUAACAAUUGUGUGUCAACAAGUCGACGGUGAAGAGAAAGAACAACUAUUUGGUAUAUACGAAGAGAAUAUAACUGUGAAUAAAGUAGCUUUAUUAAAACAAAUUCAUUCUAAAGUUGUUGUUAUUCGUUUAUCAUGGGAUAAAUUUGAAAAGACGAAAGGCCAAUAUAGUUAUGAUUUAAUCGAUCGACAACUGAUUUAUCUAAAAGAUCUUAAAUUAAAAUUAAUCAUUUCAUUUUCGGAUUCCCCAUGUUGGGCAUCAUCAUACAAUUGUAGUAAUUACCGACCAAAAAAUUAUCGCUUUUAUCGUCCCAUUGAUUAUAAUGCUUAUGCUAGAGCAUUGAUUCGAUUAAUUGACCAAUAUGGUAAAAAAAUUUAUGCUUAUGAAAUAUGGGAUGAACCAAAUAUUGCUGAAAAAUGGCGUCGUCCAGAAUGUAAAAUUUCAGCAGGUAUAUGCGGUAGUACGACGCGUAAACUCCAUAAUGAAAGAUUUAUUGAUUUAAUUGGAGCUGAAGAAUAUUCGGAAAUGAUUUUAACUAUAUUUAAACAUUUAAAAGAUCGAAAUCUGCAACCAUUCCUAUUGAUUGGUUCAAUGAAAGGAAGUGAUAAAGCAUAUUUAGCGAAAUUAUACAAAUCUGGCAUUUUAAACGGAACACAAAAUGUGGCAAUUUCUAUGCAUUCAUUUACAAGUGUUUUUGAUAUUGAUGAUUUUAAUAAGGAAAAUUUUGGUAAAGAAUAUGGUCCCAGAUAUUGCAAUGAAAAAUUGCCAACAUCAAGAUUCUAUUGUUUUAAACAAGGUAUUGAGUUGAUGAGAAAUGAAAUGAUAGAUAAUAAUGAUUCAAAUCGUACUCUAUGGUUAACACAAUAUGGUUUCAGUAGUGCUAUUUUAAAAAUUGAUGAAGAUACCGACUCGAUUGAAAUUAAAGGAUGGGGUGGAAGUAAAAAUCAAGCGUAUUAUAUUAACGAUGCACUGAAUAUUAUUCAAAAAUUAGAUUAUAUUCAAGUGGCAUGUUAUUAUCAAUUGAACGAUCGGACACCGGAAAAUAGACGAGAAUCUAAAUUUGGUUUAUUUGAUAAUUAUUUGAAAAUAAAACCAUCAGGACAAGUUUAUAGUGCUUAUUUUGAUAAUUUAGCUAAAAACAAGUACAACAGUAAUAAUGAUGACAAAUUAACCAGCAUACUUUGA